CGAAGAGGCAAGCAAGCGCAUACAGUUACACCUUGUAUACAGAUGGCCGUGUGACUCGUGUGUUGUAUAUAAUGUACAUAAUUUUAGUUUUAAAUGUAUCUGCGUGUAAACAUUUAUACAUUCAGUCGCCAAAUCGACGAGUGGGUAAAGAAAAUCUGUAAAUCUAAAGAAAGGCAAGCAUCAUCUGAAUGGAAGCACGUAGAUCGCCAGCUCGAACAUAUCGAGACCAGACGACUCGAAUGGGGAUUUUUAAACCAGGACUUACCUACAGAAGCAGUAGAAGCCCAAAAACGUCAAAGGAAGUAUAUAAAUGCGAGUUAUAUUUCUGCUUAAUUGAAUGUAAUUAUUUUAUGUAAAUAAUUGCUGAUAAAUUCCAACGUGAAGGCCGCUGUAACGUUAAAUCAUUUGUAUAUACAACGGAAUAGCUAGUUGUAUAGCUAGUCAUUGCUAACUGGGCUAGCCGUUCGCCUAAAUCACAACAGACAACAGCAAUAUGUUACAUUUUGGAUUUACCUGAGGACCGUGAACACGCUGUGCUUUCAGGACAGGGCCUUGGGGAACUUUUCAUACAAAAGCUUGAAGGACCCUCCUCUGAGCUAGAGUGUUCCGCCUGGGUCAGAUGAGGGGAGGAGUUUCUCCCAUCGGGGACUGAGUUCACCGGCCUGGCUGGGUGGGGAAGAUGCACACAGACGAUGGGGAGAAGGAUGCUCAACGCAGAGAACUAGUUCUGGCUAGAGAAAAGCUCUCGGCUUGUCAUCUCAUGCCCCAGUUAACCAACCGAGGUUAGGAGAGACAGGGAGAGAGUCCACUUGGGUGAAGGAGGGAUCCCGUUUCACCGGCAGCACUGGAAGAGCGAGCCACAUAGACGACAAGGGGUAGGAGGGUGACCACAGAAAGAGAGAGAGACGGGGACUGACAGAGAACCAGGGGGUAGGAGGAGGAGGGGGGGGCGGCGAAGCGGGAGCGGGAGCGGACAUUCCCGAUGGCGACUGACCCUGGCGAGCCCACGGGCACCGAGGACUCCUCGGAGAAGUCCGAUGGACCGAGGGAGGAGGAGGCGGAGUCGGAGGGCAGGGCCGGACGGGAGAGGACGCGCAGCACCCCCUCCGACUUCCCCUCCUCUCAGACCCAGGAGAGGAUUGCCGAGGGAGUGGGACCCAGGGCAGGAGGAGGAGGCGGCGGCGGAGGAGGAGGAGAGGGCAAGGGCAGCGCACGGGAGACGGAAACGGCGGCACGACCGCUGUCCCUCUCCACGCCCUCGUCCCCGGCGGCCCACGGCCCGAGGCUGAGGCGAGAGAAGCGCUUCUUCCGGAAGAGCGUGGAGAUCUGCGAGGAGGAGGACGAGGUGGAGGAGGGCGUGGCGCCCCCCCGCCUCGAGCUGUGCGCCACAGACUCGGUGUUUGCCGGCGGGGCCCAGCCGCAGGGCACCGCCUCCGCCGUCCUCGGACACGACGCCGGCUCCGCCCAGGAGCCCGGCAAGGAGCCGUCCUUAUCCUUGCCCCCGCAGCGGGGGAAGGAGAGGGACCGGGAGCUGGAGGAGGAGGCCGAGAUGAAGGCCGUCGCCACCUCCCCAGGGGGGCGCUUCCUCAAGUUUGACAUUGAGCUGGGCAGGGGAGCCUUUAAGACCGUUUACAAAGGCCUGGACACCGAGACCUGGGUGGAGGUGGCCUGGUGUGAACUUCAGGACCGCAAGCUGACCAAGGCAGAGCAGCAGCGCUUCAAGGAGGAGGCAGAGAUGCUGAAAGGGCUGCAGCACCCCAACAUCGUCCGCUUCUACGACUCGUGGGAAUCUGUUCUCCGCGGCAAGAAGUGCAUCGUUCUGGUCACUGAGCUCAUGACCUCAGGGACUCUCAAAACCUACCUGAAGCGCUUCAAGGUGAUGAAGCCCAAGGUGCUGCGGAGCUGGUGCCGGCAGAUCCUGAAGGGGCUGCAGUUCCUGCACACGCGCACCCCCCCCAUAGUGCACCGCGACCUCAAGUGUGACAACAUCUUCAUCACCGGCCCCACGGGCUCCGUCAAGAUCGGAGACCUGGGGCUGGCCACGCUCAUGAGGACCUCCUUCGCCAAGAGUGUCAUAGGCACUCCUGAGUUCAUGGCUCCUGAGAUGUAUGAGGAGCACUACGAUGAGUCGGUGGACGUGUACGCCUUUGGGAUGUGCAUGCUGGAGAUGGCCACCUCAGAGUACCCCUACUCUGAGUGCCAGAACGCCGCCCAGAUCUACCGUAAAGUCACCAGCGGCAUCAAACCAGCCAGCUUUGAUAAAGUCAACGACCCCGAGAUCAAAGAGAUCAUCGAGGGCUGCAUUCGCCAGAACAAAAGUCAGAGGCUGUCUGUCCGAGACCUCCUGACCCACGCCUUCUUCGGGGAAGACACGGGGGUGCGGGUGGAGCUGGCCGAGGAGGACACGGCCGGCCAGGACUGCCUGGCGCUGCGCAUCUGGGUGGAGGAUCCCAAGAAGCUGAAGGGCAAACACAAGGACAACGAGGCCAUCGAGUUCAGCUACGACCUGGAGAACGACAGCGCGGAGGAGGUGGCGCUGGAGAUGGUGAAGUCCGGCUUCUUCCACGAGAGCGAUGCCAAGGUGGUGAGCAAGUCCAUCCGCGACCGGGUCACCCUCAUCAAGAAGUCCCGCGAGCGGCGCCAGCAGCAGCAGCUCCUCCAGCACAACCAGGGCCCCCCGGACGAGCGGCCACACUCCUCCUACACCUGCUCCCACCCCUCCUGCCCCUCCUCCCUGGGGCCCGCCGCUGGCGCCGUGACAGGAGGCGGAGGCGGAGGAGGGGGGCCGGGCGAGGCGGAGGAGCAGCAGCCAGCGGUGGAGCAGCAUGUCAGGCAGCAGCAGCAGAUCCUCAGUGAGGCUGCAGCAGUAGCCACCCUGACAGAAGCUGAGAGCCUGGCCCCAGUCAGCUGUGAGUCCUACCCUAGCUGCCAGAGCCAGGCGUACCCUCAGCAAGGGGAGUCUUACGCCCAAUCACAAUCCAGCAUGCCUUCUGCUGCCUCUGGUAUACACAGCACAGGGGCCCUGGUUCACCCCCAGAUGCUCCCCAUUGGUCAGAGCGGGGGGGUUCCCAACGUGCCUAUUGGUCAGAGCGGUGGGGUGGCUGUCAUGUCUACUGGCCAAAGCAGCGGGGCACCUGGACAGGCAUUCAUUCAGCCUGUUCCCAUGGCGACGCAGGUGUCGCCAGGUGUGCCGUCACAGUACUCUCAGCCAUACAUUUCAGAUGGAUCACAGAUAGCCACCCUGCACACAUCCAUGGUCCCCUCCCAGUCCUACAUCCCUCCGGCGUCCCCCCAAGCCCACACCAAUGUCCUUGGGGCACCCAUCUCCAUAGGUGAUCCUGGCUCACCGGCAGGGGGGGGCGUGGUCCCCCUCGCCCCGCCACAGACCCAGUCCACUGGGCCCCCUGUGCAGCAGCCUGUUGAUGUUGCCCUCUCGCCGGGCCCCACCACACAGAGCCAGCCUUCUGGGAUACCUCAGCAGACUGUCGUUCAGCAACAACUGCUGCAACAGCAACAACAACAACAGUUGCAACAGCAACAACAACAACAGUUGCAACAGCAACAACAACAGCAGCAGCAACAACAACAACAGCUGCAACAGCAACAGCAGCAGCAACAACAACAACACCAACAGCAACAACAACAGAUACUGAUGGAACCCCAGGCUACAAACCUCCCACAGCAACAGACGGAGGCCCAUGUCCCUGUGCUCCAGCAUCAGCAAGCGAUUGCGAUCCAACAGGCGGUGUUGCCGCAGCCGCAGACUGACCAGUCCCACUCGUCUCAGGCCUCCCUCCAGCAGCAGAGCGAGCUGCAGCAGGUGUACGCACAGCAAGCGCUGGUCCAGCCACAGCAGGUUGGAUCCGUGCAACAGCCGGUGGAGCAGCCACAAAGCUACGCGUCGCAACCUCCAAUGGAUCUUCACGACCAGAGCAUGAUACAGCAACAGCUCUUGCAGCAGCAGCAACAUACGUUGUUACUACAACAGCAGCAUCAACAACAACAGCAGCAGCAGCAGUUGGAACAGCAGCAGCAUCAACAACAACAGCAGCAGCAGCAGCAGCCGCAAUUGGAACAGCAGCAGCAUCAACAACAGCAGCAGCAGCAGCAGCAGUUGGAACAGCAGCAUCAGCAUCAAGCCAUACUACUGGAGCCACAGCAGCAAGUGUACAUACAACAACAGCUGGAACAGCAGCAGCAACAAGCGCUGUUACAGCAGCAACAACAGGCCCAGCUACAGCAACAUCAACUGGAGCAACAGCAGGCCCUCUUACAACAGCAGAUGCUGGAGCAGAAGCACCAACAAGCUAUUCUGCUUCAACAACAACAGGAGCAACAGCAACAACAAGCGCUGUUACAACAGCAACAACAGGCCCAACUGGCCCAGCAGCAAAUGGAACAACAGCAGGCGCUCCUGCUUCAGCAACAGCUCGAAAAGCGACAACAGCAAGCGGUCUUGCAGCAGCAACAGCUUGAGCAACAGAGCCAACUGCAGCAACACAUCGAGCAACGGCAGCAACAGCAAAGUGUCCUGCAACAGGCGCAACAACAGGCGCAACAACAACAGCCUCUCUCACAACCACAGAUUGAAGAACAGCAACAGUUGGAACACCAAUCCCUGAUACAGCAGCAGCUUCAGCAGCAAGCAAUUCUACAACAUCAACAGCAGCAGCAACAACAGCAGCAGCAAGUCCAAAUCCAACAGCAAAUUGAACAACAGCAACAACAACAACAGCCUCUCUCACAACUACAGAUUGAAGAACAGCAACAGUUGGAACACCAAGCCCUGAUACAGCAGCAGCUUCAGCAGCAAGCAAUUCUACAACAUCAACAGCAGCAGCAACAACAGCAGCAGCAGCAAGUCCAAAUCCAACAGCAAUUUGAACAACAGCAACAACAGGCGCUGUUGCAGCAACAGUUGGAACAACAGCUUCAGCAGCGAGCGCUUUUACAACAACAACAUCAACAAAUGAUAUUAAAGCAACAGCAGAUUCCACAGAAAGACACAGGACAACAGCCACCCCAAACGGCCGCGAUUCAUUUUCAACAAACUGACAAACAAGAUACUCUGUCUAUUCAGCAACAGUGCGAACAGCAAGCUUUGAUUCAGCAGCAACAGGCAGAGUUGCAGCAGUCAAGCGUUCCUUCACAACAACAACCACAGCAGAACGCUGCAUUGUUUCAACCUCAAACUAGUCCUUUGCAGCAGAAGGUUAUAGAACAACACCAGGCUGCACUGGUACAGCAACAGCAAGCCUACAUUUCCCAGCAGCAACACCAUAGUUCCGUGUCGGAGCCCCAGGUCCCUAUUGUAGUCCCAGCCACCACUGAAGGGAUUCAGGCUCUUGCUAAAAUGACCUCCCAGCAGACUCAGGGCGCAGUCUCCAUCCAGCCUCAGAUCCCCACCCAGCCUCCAGCUCACAUUCAAGCCCAUGUCCUGGCCAAUAGCCAGGGUGAAGCUCGCCCACAGAGCCAGGGCCACGUCCCAAUACAGCCUCAGCCCCCGCCCCAGGCUGGGGUCGAAGCCCAGACGCCCUUACAAGUGGUGGCAUCGAUCCACAGCCAGCCUCAGCCUGUCCCGUCCCAGGCUCUCGUGCAGGCUAGUCAUCCCACUCCAGCUCCCAUGCAGGGCCAGACGCCCACAAAGACAAUGAUCCAGCCACCCCAGGGCCAGAUCCAAGCCAUGGAGGGGAUCCCUCCGCAGGGCCAAGCCCACCCACAUCCUCAGCCCCCAGUGUCAGCAGUUCCAGGAUCCUGCCCAGUUCAAUACGAGGCCCCGGUCCAACAGAGUGCCCCAAUAUCAGGAAUGGUGCAGCCUCAAAUACAAACCCUAGCUCAGGCUCAACUCCAGAUCCAGGCCCAAAUCCAUGUCCAAGCUCAAAUCCAGGCCCAGGCCCAAAUGCAAGCUCAGGCCCAGGUCCAAGCCCAAGCUCAAAUGCAAGCCCAGGUCCAAGCCCAAGCUCAAAUGCAAGCCCAGGUCCAAGCCCAAGCCCAGGUCCAAGCCCAUGCUCAAAUCCAAGCCCAGGCUCAGGCCCAAGCCCAAAUCCAAGCCCAAAUCCAAGCCCAGGCCCAGGCUGCUGCCAGUCAUUUACCUAUUCAGUAUGUCCCAGCCCCUCAGCCCACGCACCAAGCCAUGCCGUCAGUCCAGCAACAACAGCAGGACAUCCCGCAGGUUGAGCAACAGCAACACCAGCUUCAGUGUCAACAGAUAAUCCUGUCUCCUGGAACUGUCAUGGCCGCCGCCCCUGCUCCAGCCGUUGACCCUAAAACGUUGACCUCUUCUGCUCAAUCUAUCCAACAUACAAGCAGCCAGGCGUUUGUCCAGCCCCAGCUGCAGCCCGUGUUGCAGGCCCAGCAGCCGGCCGGAAGCCCAGCUGUCCAGGCGGUAAUCCAGCCUAUAACUCAACUGGGGCCAUCGCCUUUACAACCAAUUGAGCAAUACCAGCAGCAGCUGCAACAGGUCUCCCCGGCACACAAACAACAGCAGCAGCAGAUUCCUGCUCAGUCCGGGCCCUCCCCGCCCCCCCUGUUGGCCCCCGUUCCCCUGGAUCAGCCUCAGCCCCCCCCCCACGCCCCCCCGCCACAUGUGGGGGCACAGCAGCCGGGCCUCAGUAAUGCAGCCCAGAGCCAGGUUCGAGUUCUGCCCCUGUACAGCCAGGUGGUUGCUGGGCCACCCCUUUCCCCCCAGCAUCAGGCCCAUGUCCAGGCCCAGAUCCAGCACACUCUCCCCGCACACACACUCGCACAGACCACCACACAGCCUCAGAUGCACACGCAGGCUCGCGCGCAAACACAAUCACACGCACAGACACACGCUGAGACCCCAGGGGGUAUCGAGCAGCCCGCGCACCCCCAGGCAGUCACGCUGGAGAGCCCCUCUCGUACCUCCCGUCACCCCGCCUCCCUGCCACACCUUCAGCCUGCCGCUCCUGCCCCAGAACAGCCCCCCCCUCCAGAGGGCCCUGUGCUUCUCCCCGGGCGGGCUGAUGUGGCCCCUGCCUCCUCUCUUCCUGUCGCCUCUAUCCAGUUGCUUGACUCUAAUGCCCCCUUGCUGCCCCCAACCUCGCUGCAAGACUGUGACCCUACCCUGCUGGGCAUUGCUCAGGAAAGUCCAAACCAGUCAAGCACAGAGAGACACUUGUCAUCCGGUUCUGUCCCAGCCAAUGGUGAAGAGGCCCUUCAGCUCUUGGCCAAUGGGAAACUGGAGAGAGUCAAGUCUCAGCGGAGGUCCUCCUAUCAGAGACCGGAAAAAGGCUCACACUUUCAACUGAGCAUGCUUCAAGUUUGCCAGGUGUCCAGCACUGGAGACAACAUGGUGGAAUGCCAGCUGGAGACCCACAGCAACAAGAUGGUGACCUUCAAAUUCGACAUAGAGGGCGAUUCUCCAGCAGACAUCGCAGAUUACAUGGUGGAAGAGGACUUUGUCCUCGAGUUGGAGAAGGAGACGUUCGUAGAGGAGCUGAGAGCCAUUGUGAAGAAAGCUCAAGAGAUCCUCCAUACACACUCGCAGACCGGCUCCAUGGACCAGCUGCAUGUGAGCACCCCGUCAGGCUCAGCGACGGACGCGGCCCCUCAGUCGUCCCCAGUGGGACGCUGGCGGUUCUUCAUCAACCAGACCAUCCGACACCGAGACUCCCAAUCCAACCAGGGGGCCUCCACACCGCCCCCCACUGGCGAGACCAGGGUACCACAGUCCUUCGACGCUGAGAGAGAAGGGGAUGGAGCCCAGAGGCCGGAGUCUUUCACCGGAGCGUCCGCUUCGCCUCCCUCUCCCUCCCUGUCCUCCUCCUCCCCUCCUGUCUCCACCGCCUCCGCCCCCUCCUCCAUGUCCGCCCCUGCCACCGCUGCCCCUGCUCCUGACACGACUGCCUCUGUCAGCCUCUCUGCCCCAGCCUCUACUCUCUCUAGCGCAGCCUCAGCUGUCCCCCCCGCCUCGGCCACCGCGGCCUCCCCGGCCUUGGAACCCCUCGACCGAACCUCCAGCGCUGCCACCUCCCUGCCCGCCCGCGUACCCACUACCUCUGCCAGGGUGGCUGUCCCCGCUAGCAUUGCUCCCAAAGCCACCGCUUGUCUAACUGAAACUCUCACCUCCCCUGGAACUAGUGGUAGUUCCACCCAGGGCCAGAGUCACGGCCGGGGUCAGGGCCAGGGCCAGAGUCAGGGGGGUGUAGGUGGAGCUGCCUUGGGGCAGUGUGCUUCUGGAACGCAGCACGCCUUCACCUCCACCUCUGUUCGCUCUCCCCCGCCUGUUGCUGCGGCAGUGACCUCACCUCCCGUCAGCCACUUUGGGCUGGAACAGCAGCCUCAGACACAGCAACAGCAGCAGAGACAGCUCCCAGUAACGCAGCAGCUACAGGGAGUGCAGCAGUGCAGUCCUUCUCAACAACAGCAGCUUCUCGAACAACAGCAAACCCAACAAGUGUACCAAGAGCAGAUGCAGCUACAGCAGCAAGCACUGCAGCAGUCUCUGCAGCACCUGCAGAUGCUGCAACAGCAACAACAACAACAACAUCCAGAGGUACACGUUCAGCUGGGUCAAACGGAGCAGCUGCAGAAGCUGCAGUCACUACAGCCACAGACUGAAGUCACACAAAUGUCCAUUGGGCAGACUCCACAACCAUCUGUUCAACCACAUGCACCCCAGUACAGCCCACAGGUACACCAGUUACCACCGCAACAACCUGUCAUGCCACAACAACCAGUAAUACCACAACAACAUGUCAUGCCACAGCAACCUGUCAUGCCACAACAACCUGUCAUUCCACAACAACCAGUCAUUCCACAACAACCAGUAAUACCACAACAACCUGUCAUGCCACAGCAACCUGUAAUACCACAACAACCUGUCAUCCCACAGCAACCUGUCAUGCCACAGCAACCUGUCAUGCCACAGCAACCUGUCAUGUCACAACAACCUGUAAUACCACAGCAACCUGUCAUGUCACAACCACCAGUAAUACCACAACAACCUGUCAUGUCACAACAACCAGUAAUUCCACAACAACCUGUCAUGCCACCACCACAACAACAGCAACAUUCACAGAUUGAACUGCAGCACCAGCAGCAGUUAGACCUACAACAGACACUCCACUUCCAGCAACAGCAAAUGCUUUUACAGCAGCAACAGCAACACCAACAGCAGCAGCAACAACAACAGCAGCAGCAACAACAACAGCAGCAGAAGCAGCAACAACAACAACAGCUGCAACAACAGCUGCAACAACAACAGCAACACCAACAACAACAGCAGCAGCAACAACAACAACCACCACAUCAACAACAACAACAACAACCAUUUAUGGCUACUGCAAACCUCCAGCUGGAUCAGUCAGCGCAGCACCAGGCCCCGCCGCAGCCCCAGGCAGCCAGUCAGCUGUAUGUCCAGCAGCAGUCAGCACAGCAGCUGAACAUGGGCCUGAUGCAUCAGCUGCAGGCUCAACAGCAACUCUCUCAGCAGCUCCCCCUAGAGCCAACACAACAACAACAACAACAACAACAACAGGAGCUGGCUAAAGCUGUGGAGAUGGCCUCCCAGCAGGUGCCUCAGGCCCAGCAGGUGCCUCAGGUGCCUCAGGCCCAGCAGGUGCCUCAGGCCCAGCAGGUGCCUCAGGUGCCUCAGGCCCAGCAGGUGCCUCAGGUGCCUCAGGCCCAGCAGCAGCAGACCGUUUUUCAGAAGCAGCCCUCUUUCCAACAGUCCGAGUCGGAGCUCUCCACUGGAGAAGCCAGUGUGACGGAGGAAACAGGCAGCCUAUCUGCCCCUCCACACCCCUCCUCGGACUCCUCCCUGCCCUCCCUGCCCCCUCUGCCUCUGGGCGCCUCAGACUCCCCUUUGCCCCCCCUCUCCCUCACGCUGACCCCCUCCCCAGCCCAGCCCUCCUCCGUGGCCGAGUCGGACAGCGAGGGCCCGCCCAAAAUCGAGUUUGUAGACAACCGCAUUAAGACCCUGGACGAGAAGCUGAGGAACCUGUUGUAUCAGGAGUACAGUGGUAGUGGGGCGGGGCCGGUGGGCGGAGCUGCCGGGGCAUCUGCCGCCGCCGCCACCUCGGUGGCCUCCACCUCAGCGGGAGGGGAGGAGUCCUCCGAGCCCCACUCCCUCCCACCCUCGACCUUCCCCAUGUCCCCCUCCUCCUCCGAAACGUCCCCGCACUCCUCCACCUCCAGCACCUCCUCCACCACCUCCCGGUCCUCCUCCACCUCCCCCGACCCGGAGAGGGGGAGAGGAGGGGCGAGGGAGGCGCCUGACGCGCCCCAGGACCCUGCGGCGCCCGGCCCAGUGGAGAGGCAGCCUGCCCCGUCCCUCCCCUUCUCCUCCGCCUCCCUCCUGGCCUCCCCCCGCCGAGACUCGGCCAUGUCCCAGUGCCCGCCUGUGCCCGGAGAACACGCCACGCUUGCCGCCCCCUCACAUUCUGACACCAGUACCCCAGGAGACGCCCCGUGGCCCCCCACUCCGCAACUCAUCCCCCUCCAGCCUGGACCGCAUCAACAGCAGCAGCACCACAAUGCAGGAGGUGGAUAUUUUGGCCUAAACCUGACAUGUCCUAGUAUCAGAAAUCCUGUUAGCAAGAAAUCCUGGACUCGCAAAUUCAAAAGCUGGGCUUGCAAACUGCGCCACUCCGCCAGCUUGUUCAAGAAGCCCAGAGUCCAGCAAGAUGGAGACUCCAGCCUGACGGUGAAAGAGGAGAAGGAAGACUCCUCCCUGAACGCAUCCCAAGCCCACCAAGGCCGCUUUCAGGUCAUUCCAGUCUCUCCGGCCCCCGAGGCCUCUCCCCCCAAGGCGGCCCCCUCCGGCCAGGGGAGCGCUCACAGGAAAGUGGGGCGCUUCUCCGUGACGCAGGCCGAGGCCCGGAGAGAGGAAAGCAACGUCUCCGACAGCUCCCCGGCGUCUCCUGACCGGGAGAGAGAGAGGAGGAAGACCCGGGGAAAAGAGGGCGAGAAAGAGGAGGGGAAGAAGACCCCUGCCCUGGCCCACCCAGCUCGAGGCCACGCCUCCCGGGGGCACUCCCCUGUGGGCAGCAGCGACGAUGAUGAGUGCGAGCUGGAGGACGAGACCCUGAGGAAGGAGCUUCACAAGCUGAGAGAGAAACACAUCAAGGAGGUGGUCUCCCUGCAGGCCGAGCAGAACCGAGAGCUCCAGGAGCUCUACCGGCAGCUGCGUUCCCUCAAGGACCACCGGCACAACCUGCCUCUCCCCCUGCCCCGCACCCCUCCCCUCCCCUCCGGAGCCCCGGCCCUCUCCCCCCGCCGGCCCAGACCGGCCAAAGUCAAGCUCCGGCCCCGGCCGCACUCCCACAUGGAUAACAAUGGUGUGGUGCAUCCCGGGAUGCAGCAGGCGAGCAGCUUCUCGUGCGGGGAGCAGAGCAGACUCCCCCCGUACUGCAACACAGAGAGCCCCCACGCACAGGCUCUCAAAAGAGACCACAGUCCUGCAGCCCAAGGCCUGGGCGCCAGGAAGAGCACGUUCACGGACGAGCUGCACAAACUGGUGGACGAUUGGACGAAGGAGACGGUCGGCCCCGCCCCGCCUAAGCCCUCGCUCAAUCAGAUCAAGCAGAUUCAGCAGGUGCAGGAGCUGGGAGGCUGGAGCCAGCCUACUGAGGUGACUCCUCCAGGCUGGUUUCCGGUGGAACUCCUGAGCCCCCAGGCGCCCUAUGUGCCCAGGUCCACCAGCCCAGCCCCCUCUCAGUAUCCAUCUGCUGGGGGGGGGGCCCUGCGCUCUCCGGGACCACCACCGCAACAACAGCAACAACAACACACGCAGAUGCCCCCGGUGCCACAGCUGCAGCAAAGUUUACAUCUCCAGCAGUCGACCCUGGCUCAGCCUCACGCGCUCCAGCCGAUGCCCUUUCAGCAGGCCCCUCUGCUCCAGCAACAGAUGCCCCCGCAGCCCCUCACCCAUCCCCUCUCCCAGUCCCAGCCCAUGCCACCGCAACAGAUCGCCCCCCUGCCCCACACCGCUCCGCUUCAGAAUCCACCUCUGCUGCCUUCCCAGAUCCCCCCUGCCGCCUCGCAGACACCCGGCCUCGGGCCCGAGUCCCUGCUGCCCGGCACGGGCGCCCCCUUGCUCUCACACGGAGGGGUGUCGGCCGCCGGGGGGACGUUCUGCUCCUGCUCUUCCUCCUGCUCCUCCUCCUCCUCCUGUUCGACUGCUGCUCUGCCUUCCAGUGCCAAACUUCACCCGACGCCCCCAAACUCCACUGUUCCUCUAGGACAGCAGUGACGCAGGGCAGGAGCUCUCCCGGGCUUGGAGGGAAGUCAAGAAAGAUGGAGAGGUGAAGAGCAAACAUAUUGAGAGUGGACGCGCGUAUGAGAGCUGACUGAGAAUGAGAAAAUGGAUGUGUUGAUGAAAAGAUGGCGAGUGAAUGUGAGAGAUGGUAGACUAGCAUGUACAGAAAGAGGGCGGUAUCGAGCAAAUGGGCUUGGGCUUCUGAACUAUGGUGUGUUUGGGUUGUUGAGUUGUACAAAUUGUUGUCCAUGUGUGCUUGUGUGUGUGUUUGUAUUGGCAUUUAUUUUCCAAGUACAUAUCCCUUGUGUGUUUUCAAACCAAUUACCGGUCUUUUUUCUCCACUCGGUUGGUCCUGAACUCUUCCGAAGCAGAGACAUGAAGGGAUCACACACAAAAUUUGACAUUUAGUUUUUCAUUUGUCAAUGCUUGCAUUGAAAGGACUAUGAAUUUAAAAAGUGCAAUUAGUAGUUGUCAUCUAAAUUGAUCAUUCUGUGUUGUCUGUGGUUUGUCAGGAAUGCAUAAACUAAAUGUUUUUUUUGUUUUGUGGAAGCACGUUGACAACAUUCAGACAAUUGAAAUGAGCUGAUGUUUUUAAACAAGUAGGCCUAUAGCACAAAUGUUUUUAAUGGGCAGUGACAAAUUAGGCUGUUUGAACAGCAGCAUGACUAAAAACAGAGCAUGGCAAUGUUAUGGCUACCAUCACUACCACAAUGCCACUAAGCACACUGUUAUACAGUGUAGAGCACAGGCUAGGCAUGAACUUUGUGUAUUAUAUUUUACAUUGAUAAGUAGUAAUAAUAAUUUAGAUUAGGCUAGAGACUAUUUGAAAUAACACAAGGAUUUACAGAAGAAAACCUUUGAGGAACUUAUUUUAUUAGUCUAUUGAUAAAAUUAACUUCAUUGUUAUUAGUUUGGUGGACUUGAGGUUUACUGGAAUCAAACUCAUACCAAGACUGCAUGACCUUACCUUGCCUGGAUUUAGUGCAAUCUGUUGACACAAAUACUUAGCCUUCUCAUGUUUGCCGUGCACAACAAGCUGAGAGGAUUUAACAGUCCAAAGUAAGUUACUUAUAUUCAAAAUAAGCUCUUAAAAGAAUUUAUUGAAAUAUCUGGCCGUACAACUCUCAGCGUUGCAUAUCAAGGUUUCCUACUUCGAAUAACAAUGAGAACAUAAACUGCCAAGCACUAAUGGAUUGGGGAAACCAUGACGCUUUGUCCCUAUGUUGCCUUUUAGAAUGAACUUUUGUGAGUGAGUGUUUUAUUUUUACUUUAGUGUGAGGUAUAGGUUUGUGAUAAUGCUGUACCGCAUCAAAUUGUUUCCCUACUGCUUUUAUGUAAAGCAACCUCUCACACAGUAGUUGUCACUGUACCUAAUUAACUAUGUUUACUUGGUGCCCAGACUCUUCUCACCUCAAGACACUGGGUGACUGGCCCAUUCAAGCUGAAGUCUUAGUCUGAUGUCAGACAGCAUUGCAAGAGCCUCACUCUCCAGUUUGUCACAUGUAUUACUUCAUCGGUGAUGUGUUUUUGUCCUGAAUGACUUCUGAAUCAGACCAUAGAUGAGCUUAUUGUACACUUGGAAAGGUUGACUUAAUUCUGAUUUGUUAUUCCACCAUUUCUAACUGUAUUUCAGUGGUGUACUGCAGGGAUACACAUGGAAUAGAUACAUCUGUAGACUAUGGAAUUAUCAGUGCACUUAGCCAUAUACACAUUUAAUAAAGGAUGGAUCAAUAUAACAAUAUAUUUUCUGAAAUCCUUCUCAAUACAAUAAGUAAAAGAGCAUCUCAGUUGUUUUUUUCUUUAUUUUUUAAAAUAUUAUAAUGUCAGAGAUUUUGUGCCACAGCAAAGAGGAGAUUGUACAGUAUGUGACAAACCACAAAAUGUGAGAUGCACUUCAAGUGGAAGGUGGAACAGCUUUUGCUUUUGGUUGGUCAAAAGUUAAUCUUGACAAUUGCAUAUGAAUCUAGAAUUAACACUAUGGUUUUCAGUUGAUGUUGUUUUUUAGAGACAACCCACAUUUUCACAGUAAUGUUAUUAUUGAUGGAGGUGAGUUACUGAGCUGUCAAGUCAAAUUCUAACAUGUUGACCCACACAUCACAGAAGAUUUUAUUCAUUUAUGAUAGGAAAUGUGGAAAUCUCUCUGUCCUGAAGUGUUACCAAAAUGUUAUCUUAAAGAAAAAAAUAUUUUUGUAUUUUGAAAUGGGGGUUGUAUAAAAUGUAAAAUGUGUUCUCUUCAGUAACUAAAGUCUGAGGUUAUCUGAAACCAGAAACAUUGGUUCUCAUUAAUGCUUAUGGAGUUCCCCAUGUCAGUGUUCCACCUAUUCUGUUUUGAAGUGGGGUUAUUAUUCAUAUUUAUAUGUUUACCAGAAGAUUUCUUUUGGGCCAAAUCCUCUGCGCUUGUAUUAUUUGUAUUUUCUGUAUCAGAGAUAGCCAGAAUAGUCAUACAUGUUUUCAUUUACAACUUUUAGUGCUAUUAUUAAACAGUGGUGUUGUGUUGUAAACAUAUCACUUUUCUGGGAGAUAUAUCUCAUAAUUACAGAAAAUACCAAUAAUACAAAAGCGGUGGAUGUGUUUAAGGCAGAUGACAGAGAAGAGCGGGAAACAGAUCUCGACCCUAACCCUAACAACAUAACCAACAAACAUAAUGAGGCCAUAUAUAAUCAUAACCUGGGGAGCCCCAAAAUGACCUGAAUGAGAACCAUGCAAUGAUUAAAAGGUGAUUUAAACUGAAAAAAGAAUGACAAAAUCUAUGUUGCUGGUGAUUUAGCCUCUGUAAAAUCUUAACUAAUUCAAUUGUUGAUUUUAUUUAUGUUUUGUAACUAAUCUAAAUAAAUGGUGUUAAACAUCAAAGUUGA